AUGGUCAAUGAGGUAUCUGCAUCGUUAUCGCCCGACCGGCCGGAGUCCAAUUCGACAAUCCACACCAUUCGGUUUGAAAGUACUGUUGAUGCCCCUCUUGCAAUCCGGUCGGUCUCGUUGCCCACAGCCGAUGCGCCUAUAACCUCCAAUGGCCGGUCUUUAAGUACAAGCGCUGCGUCACCCGGUCCCAGUGGUGACCAUGCAUCCGCGCUUAUGUUUUCACGGCUCGCGCCAUCCUUGUCCGUUGGAGAUGAAACCCGAACGAUUCGGUCGGAGGGCGCGCACUCCUUGCGCAGCGUGCCCAGCAUUCUUGUGGAUGAACCAGGCGCCCGUCCUAGCUCGCGACCGGGCUCGAGGCCAGGCUCAAGACCGGGCUCAAGACCGGGCUCUCGGUGGUCAGAAAGAAAGUGGGGUGGUUUAAGGAAACGGUCGCUCGAGAUGGAGAGGAAACUUAGCAUGGAAGAGCCUCCGCCAGUGCCUCAAAUCGAACACUCCUUCGCUGGUAUCUCCUUAGAUAUACCCACAGCCUCUUUGGAUGGUCUGGAUCAGUCGAUGAAGUUUUCCAAUCGCGGAAGUCUGAUUAAGAAUCAUUCGAAACGCCCGCAUUCAACACCACCUCAGGAGAAGCUGGACGAGCAUCCCGAGCAACCAGAACAACCGCCUCAGGAGAAGCCGGGCGAGUAUCCCGAGCAACCAGAACAACUACUCCAGGAGAAACUGGACAAGCAGCCCGAACAACCAGAACAGCUGCCCCAGCAGAAUCUGGAAGGGGAGGAGCCCCGUCAAGGGCUAGGCCAGCCUGCUCAGGAAAUAUCAAAAGAGAAUCGUGAUCAACAGGGCACUCUUCACCCAAGACAAACUAGUCUUCCGAGCAGAGCAAUCUCGGCAGACGAAGAUAUGUUAUCACGGCGAGUUCGUCUGAUGUAUGAGAAGGGCGAAGAAAAUGUUACCGAAUCCGAGAUUGCGAAAGCACUGGCCUCGGAAAACGGGGUCUUAUGGGAAGAGGCUACGGUUCCGGAUACUGAAACCUCUGGAAAACUCGGUGCUCAGCCGAAUAAGACUGGAGAUGGAACCAAACCAAGGGCGUCUGUUGAAGUAGAGCGUACCCGAAUUAAGAGGGAAACCCAGGAGCUAGCAGGCGGUGCUGAAUAUUGGCAAAAUGUCGGUGUAGAACAAGUUGAUCGUUAUGGCUUCAUUCGACCUGCAAAGAACUCUAAGGGUUCCGAUAUUAAUCCGCUCCAGCGAGUCACAACGAGCCUUCUGCUGGCUUCUGAGACACCUCGGCGGAAACGUUCGAUUCGCCCGCCCACUGCUCCGUCCAGCAACCGUUCCUUCAAUGGUCCGUCUCUAGCCCGCAAGAUAUCCCAAACUUCUCUGGGCGGCCGUCCAUCUUCAUCACAAAGCAACUAUGGUCCACCAUUGCGCCGCACGACAUCUCGUUUGCGCACAGCGACCAAUCAUCUGCCUCACAACCGAGACCGAAAAGCCAAAGAUGAGGCGGCUGACAUGCUCACUCUGCCAACUCCAUCUGCUGGUGAGGAUGAAGAUGCACCGGUUACUCGCGCAAUGCGAAGAAAGGAGUGGCAACGUGAAGACAAGUGGACCAAGAUGGCCAAGCCGACCAAGAAGUCCAAGGACGGCGGCGGUAUGACUUUUGAGUUCGAUACGCAGAGCUCAAAGUUGAUUGAGCGAACUUGGAAAGGCAUCCCAGAUCGGUGGCGGUCAACGGCCUGGUACUCAUUUCUUGAAGCCAGUGCCCGGCGCCACAAGGGCAGCCCACCUGCAGACGAACUCAUCUCAGCCUUUAACGAGCUUCAGUUCAUCUCAUCACCCGAUGAUGUCCAAAUUGAUAUUGAUGUACCGCGGACUAUCUCCAGCCAUAUUAUGUUUCGGAGGCGCUAUCGGGGUGGCCAAAGACUAUUGUUCCGUGUCCUUCACGCCAUGUCACUAUAUUUUCCAGAUACGGGGUACGUGCAGGGAAUGGCAACUCUCGCGGCUACAUUACUGGCGUAUUACGAUGAGGAGCAUGCUUUUAUUAUGUUCGUCAGAUUGUGGCAGCUGCGAGGUUUGGAAGAGCUGUACAAGUCUGGCUUUGCUGGUCUAAUGGAGGCCUUGGCCGACUUCGAACGAGAGUGGCUCGCUGGUGGUGAAGUAGCCACGAAACUGAACGAGGUUGGAAUCCCGCCCACAGCCUAUGGUACCCGCUGGUACCUCACUCUCUUUAAUUACUCGAUCCCCUUCCCAGCUCAGCUUCGGGUGUGGGAUGUCUUCAUGCUUCUUGGGGAUGCCGAAGACAACACUGGUGGCCGCCCCGCAACCUCUGCCGGGAAAAACAAAAUCCCCCCUUCUGAAAAUCCAAGGACAUUUGGUCAAGGUCUUGAUGUUUUGCAUGCUUCAUCUGCUGCCCUUAUUGAUGGCAUGCGCGAUAUCAUUCUCGAGUCCGACUUUGAGAAUAUCAUGAAAGUCCUCACCAGCUGGGUUCCCAUCAAAGACACUGAAAUGUUCAUGCGUGUCGCUAAAGCGGAAUGGAAAGUCCAUCGCCGCAGGAAAGCCUUCUAA